AUGGCUAGUGAGGAGAGUUUUUUAGUGUUGGUGUACUAUAAAGGGUCGAUUAAGAAGAAAACACGUUCUGGUAUUAAGUUUACCAAUAAAGAUCCCUUUAGUAUUUUUCUGAAACCUACAACAAGUUUUGCUGAGUUCCUAAAUUCCAUAAUACAGAAACUGAGGUUGCAAUGCGUGAAACGGGUUGAAAAGUUAUUAUAUCGCAUUCCGAUUUCAGUUUUGCGAGAUGAUGUGAAAUACGAUUCGAUUGUCAUAGGGAGUGACGAGGAUUUGGCGGUUCUGUUCCAUUGUCGUAGGCAGUUUUCCGAGGUUAGGACACCUGAGCUGUUGGCAAAGCUUGUAGAUGUGGUUUCUAGCUCAGGUGGUUCGAAUCGGAAUACCGAGACUCCAGCAACGGUAGCCUGUUUUAGUUCGAGACCUGUUGGUACAUCUUCAUCCGUGCAUGUGAUUACACCUCAGGAAAUAGUGGUUGCUUCCCCAUCCUUCGCAGUUGAUUUCAACCACAGUGGUGACAGAGAAGUUGAUAUCAUUGAUAGGGCGCCGAUUUCAUUACAGCGUGGGGCAUUGGAUGGUAUAGACAAUGCAUUGCCGGAUGAUGAUGACGCUGAUGAUGUGGAGUCGGACAUGAUUGCCGAUGAUAGCGGUGAUGACAUAGCAGUGAGUAAUCGAGCUGGUACUGAUGAAGCAUCCAGCUCAGGGACUCAGCAAUAUCCCCCUCACUUUUCAUGUUUGGACUUAGAUACCAUGAGAGAGCAGGGGGUUCUUGGGGAACCUGCUGGAUUUGGCGCUAGAGAUACCCAGGGUACUUGA